AUGUCGAAGUCGAACCCAUCUUCUUCGUGGAUCACCCAAUUCAAACCGGGCGACCGGGUCGAGGUCAGCUCCGACGACCCCGGGUUCUGUGGCUCCUGGUUUGCCGGCACCGUCAUCCGCCGCGAGGCGAAGAACCCUAAUCGCUACGUAGUCGAGUACGACCAGCUCUACGAGGACGAAUCUGGGGAGAAGCUGUUGCAAGAAACCCUCGAUUGGAUCCAAUUGCGUCCGCCGCCGCCGCCUCCUGAGAAGAAGAAGAAGGUCCAGUUCAAGUUCGGCGACGAAGUGGAGGCCUUCCACAGCGACGGCUGGUGGGAAGGGGCUAUUACUGCGGAGCACACCGGCGGGAAAUACAAUCACAUACCCUAUAAAACAUAUUAA